AUGCCAAAUGACGAGGUGAAAAACCAGCAAUCUGAGGUUGCGGUCUCAUCUUUGAUUGAAACCAGUCAAAAUCAAGGUAUAUCAUUUCUAGAUUUCGACACAUUACUAAACAUGUUGGAUGCCAGCUACGACUCGUUUUCCAAUUGUAAUGCUUCAUUGGGCGAGGUCCUAACAGAUACAAUAGAGAAAAAGAUGGAAGUAGAGGUUGAUGUGCAGACCAUUUACGAGGAUAUCCUUAGUGAAGGAUCAGAUAAAAUUCCAAAGUUGAAUAGAGAGAUGCACAGUAGGUACAUCCAUGAAAUGUUGAAUCGUCCCCUGCCUGCACCCUUCAGUAAAUUGGAUGCAUCUAAAACUUGGAUUGCAUUUUGGUUGAUGAAUUCUGCUGCAUUGAUUGAUAAUUUGAAUACCAAAGAGCAAAAUAAUGCGGCUAAACAAUUAAUGUAUUUCUAUAAGACAUCUUCUGGAAGUAAAAAUACGGUUGCUGGAUUUGGAGGUGGGUUACAUCAGUUACCUCAUUUAGCAGCCUCAUAUGCUGCAGUGUUAGCACUUUUGUUAUCAAAAAAUGAGAAUGCAUGGAGGGAAAUAGAUACGCAGAAGGUAAAGAAGUGGUUGUUACAAUGCAAAAAUAAAGAUGGGUCAUUUUCCAUGCAUGUUGGAGGUGAAUCGGACACAAGAGCUGCUUAUUGUGCCUUAUGUAUAGCACAAUUACUUAAUAUUUUAGAUGACGAUUUGAGAAAAGGUGUUGCUGAUUGGCUAAUUAAAUGUCAGACAUACGAAGGAGGGUUUGCUGGUGCUCCUGGUGACGAAGCGCAUGGAGGUUAUACCUUUUGCGCAUUAUCUGCCCUCUUUAUAUUAUUGAAUCCAGACGAAUUGAUGGUAUCUGGUCUCAACUUGGAGAUCCUUAUAAAGUGGACUGUGGAUAGACAGUACUCGCUAGAAGGUGGGUUUUCUGGUCGUACAAAUAAGUUAGUGGAUGGAUGCUACAGCCAUUGGGUUGGGGGUACUGUGGCCCUUUUGGAAUUAUUAAUCAAUUACAACAAGUACAAAAUUAAUGAUCCCAAUAAGUACCUUUCUUUAAUUGACCGCCAAAGGUUACAAAAUUACAUAUUGUGCUGUUGUCAAGAUACUUUUGGGCUGAGAGAUAAACCUGGUAUGAAUUCAGACUUCUACCACACUAACUAUGUUCUAUGUGGGUUAAGUAUGUGCCAGCAUUUCCAAAUAUAUGAUCCAUCAAAAGCUCAAAAGUAUGGCAAUGCAUUCUCUGCUUAUCCUAUUGAAAUUGAGCAGCCAAAUACUAUCACAAUCUUGGAUGAUAACCACGUUCUGGGAAUAGAUGCGAUUUUUGGUGUUCCUUAUGGUUAUGCUUUGAACAUGUACACAUUCUUCUCGAAUUUAUAA